AAGACCAACAACAAAACACACGAAUAACUGGGAAUCUACAACCCCUCUCCACCUCCACCCCCCACCCCCUUCCCUUCCCUUCCCACUACACACAAUCCAACCCCUUCUCUCUAAUCUCUAUCUAUCUUUCUCUUCCUAUAUAUAUAAACCACAUCUUCAUCACAGUUACCUACUUUUCUUUUUUUAUUCUCUCUUUUUCUCUUCUCUUUCUUCAAAAAACCCACACUGCCACAAAACUCUCACUCAAGCGGUUUCUUGUGACGGGUAUGCUCGGAGCUUUGUCACGAUGGCGAUAGAUGACUGGAUGAAAUUGGCUAUGGCAGACGACUCUGUCGUUGCCGACCUUCUCGUUAAGAUAAAGCACUCUGAAGGCAAAUCGCUUUUGACGUUGCCGACGCCGGUGCUUCCAAGCUGGGGAGCUAGAAAGAGGCGGAGCAAGCUUGAGGCCGCAUCUCGCGCCGCCAUACUCGCCGCCGCCGCCGCCGCCAAUUCUUCUAGGAAGAAGGACGAGGUAUUGGACGAGACGGAGGAGGAUUCUACCAGAUGCAGCCCUACGACUCCGCUUUCUUGGAACGGAAGCGGCGCUUCCCCUUCCUCCGCCGCCGACGGUUUUGACGACUCUAGAAGCCCUACUCACAACAACACCACCAGAUCCAAGGCUACUGCUACAAGUGAAUAUACAAGCAACUCUGCAUCCAACAAGAAGUGUAGAAGGAGAAAGACGUUUUCUCAACUUCAAGAAGAGGAAAGCUCCCUGCUCCAGGAAAAAAUAUAUUUAACAAAGGAGAUUGCAAAUGUCAGUGCAUCUUGUAAGGCACAGAGAGCUAGAAACGAAAGCCUAAAGAGAAUGAAGCUUGACUUGGGUUCAGCACCUGAUGGAUUGCCGCAUCCAAAUUCUGACCAACCCAAAUGGACGGCGAUAACUUCCAGUGCCGCUCAAGGUGAUACUGAUACUCUUCCGCAACCACAAACAGCAGAAUCAGCCAGGAGUGUUUUCUUGGUACCAGAUCUAAAUAUGAUGCCGUCCGAGGAUGAUUCUUACAUGGACAUCGAACGCGGGAUGAGUUGAGAAAUGCCACCACGACAACAGUUCAUCCUCCAUCAUGCUGGACUCCCGAAUGUUUGAACAAGCUGAGAAACUCCCUGUUUGAACAAUUGUGGAACACUGUACAGGCCAAUAGUUUUUGUGAGGCUCUAAAUAAUAGCAAAAUUUAGAAAGGAAGUCUUGAAUGGGACAAACAAACUUGAUCCGUCUGCCAGCUCUACUGAAGGAAGAAGUGGCAGUCAUGAAUUAAGUUGUUUUUUUUUUUUUUUAUAAUUCUUUUUUUCUUUGUUAGUUUUAGAAUUAGAGGGCUAUAUAGGUGAUGCUUAAGUAACAAGUUCCUUUAUUACUAAAUUUCAUAUGGGGUAUUUGACCUCUUUGCAUUUGAAAUUUCAAAACAUUUCAACCAUAUAAAAUGUAUCAUUCUUUGUAGGUCAAAUAUUUCGGUUUUAUUCGAUGGUUACACUUAAAUUAUCCAAGUUCAUGUGUCAUCCGUGAGAUAUAAGGAUGUUUUUUCGGUGUGAGAUAUUAGAGGAUAAUUGACCAACAAUGAAACAUGAAGUGCCGUGCAAUUCACCAAUCAUCAAGAAUACCAUCUAAUAAAUGAGAAGAGCAAGAACACAAAUUAGUUGGACAACACAACUAUUUAUUGUCUUGAAAUGUUUAAACAACCAACUUUUGUAUCUUGUAGAUAGCACUCUACCUCUUAGAUAACUUCACAUCAGAACACCAACUCUUAUCACCUAUAGAAUGAA